AAGUUAAUGGUUGCCUAAUACUUUCUGAAGGUCUUCCAGUCUAAAACUGGUAUAAAAGCAAACUGCCACUGGUCCUCAGUGCUCCAACAUGAUUUGGCUUGUGGCUUUUCUGUCCUGCAUUGGGCUGAUUUCUGCUGAAACACCCUUCAACCAUUAUGUGCACAAUCAGAGGGUCAUAGGAGGCCACGAUGCUAAACCCAACACCUGGAAAUGGCAGGUUUCUCUCCAGUAUGAUUCAUACAAUGACGGUUUAUUCUACCACAUGUGUGGAGGCUCUAUCAUUGAUAGUUUAUACAUUAUGACUGCAGCUCACUGUAUCCUCAGCAUGGAUGCUAGUAUGUACCGUGUGGCGGUGGGUGAGUAUAACUUGUACAAGUAUGAUGGCAGUGAGCAGUUCAUCCAUGUGGAAACAAUUGUCGUCCAUCCUGGCUGGACUGAAGACCUUGGCAAAGGAAAUGAUAUUGCUCUCUUGAGACUGGCAAAUCCUGUGUAUUACAACGGCCACGUGGCUAUCGCCGAACUUCCCACCCCUGGCGAGAUGCUGCCUCAUGACUUCACCUGUUACAUCACCGGCUGGGGACUCAUGGACUAUGGAGGGAGCAUCCCUGCCAUCUUACAGGUGUCUCCCAUCGCCGUGGUGGAGCAUUCAAUCUGUUCCCAGCCUAACUGGUGGGGCAGCAUUGCUCUGAGAUCCAUGAUAUGUGCUGGAGGGGAUGGAGUCAUAUCAGGCUGCCAGGGCGACUCUGGAGGUCCCCUGAGCUGCUUCACCGACGGAGCCUGGAGAGUCCACGGUGUUGUCAGUUACGGUCCAGCUGGCAGGUGCAACCAAGUGUUUAAGCCCACCGUCUUCACUAGAGUCUCUUCCUUCCUAGACUGGAUCUAUUCAGUUGUAAGAAGUCAAUAGAUUGAGCAGUGUUUUGUCCAAACUGUAAAAUGGAACCUGUGAAAUAAAAUGAAUAUGCAUCUCA